GAACGGAGCUUGCUUCCGAAAUUUCUGCAUGUGCUUAGCGCUCUCCGGCGUGGAGUCUGAGCGUGCACCUAUCACGGCGGCGCCUAAUCCCAGUGACGGCAUCUACCUAUAAAAACAACUAGGGGAAGGCAAUGGAAAAGGAGCCAUCACGACUGGCGACUAUCAUCAUCUCCCGUCUCAUCUGCGGGGGCUGAUUCGCCAGGCAAUGCAUUUUGACGGGAUAUGCAGUCAGCGUGGACUGCCUCGCCUCGCCACUCGGUAAGCAGACACACAUGCGCACCGCGCUGGGCCGCCUGCUACAGUCACGGCGGAUCAUGAGAGCGUAACCGUUGCAGGCGGGAACGGGAAGGAGAGGUGGGCAGAAAGGCGGAGGAGGGCAAAGAAAGAACGGGGCCCCGGUGUGGACAGUGCCGGCCCUAGUGCGGGCGGAGUCGAACGAGGGGGUGAUGGGGGAGGGGAGGUUUUUCCGGACACGCACCAAAGCAAGAAGCAUAAAGAAUAAGAGAAGAAAAAAAUACGCAUCGGGGCAUGCUUGUCAUGGCGGCACGGUGGCGGCGUGGUUGCGUCCAAUAUUGGAUUUUGACUUCAUCGACGCAGCCAAAAAAGAAAAAAAGGUUGGAUAUGGUCAAUUUCUUAGCGAGGGCGCGGCAGAGGCGAGAUGUCAGCAUGCAGGCCCUGUCAGGUAGUACACGGCCUGGCGGAUGGGGAUUGAGUGGACAUCCCAUCCCGCCUGGCGGGUGUGGCGGAGUGAGUGGUGAGAUGUACACCCAGGUGGUAGAGGUAGACAGUGAAAGGGAGGCGAAUCAGAGGGCAGCCAGUCAGACAACAAAAAAGGUCGAUAUCCGGUCCGGAGGACAGACCAGUUCGGCUCUCUGGGCUUGGCUGCAACCGUCCCCGGACUCUUCGUCCUGUCCGGUGCAGCCGUCGGCAGUCGAUGGAGGGAAUUUCUGUCCAUGA